AUGGCAACAAGGGCACAGCUGCUCAAGCUCGCGCUGUUCAGCGGAUCGGUCUCGGCAUCAGGCAACACCAUUGCACAACCCUCCGGUUCUUUGUCCUACGGUCUGGCCUUCGCCCCUGUCUCGUACCGGUGGCACGCGCUGCUCAACAAACGGUUCCCACUUGAAGGGGCAACCACAGCCAAGGCUAAGGCCACCAUGGUCAUGAAGCGCAUGGCCAUCGACCAGACCCUGUUUGCACCGCUCGCCACUGGCUCGUUCGUUGUCUGCAUGGGUCUGCUCGAGGGUCUGACGCCAACCGAGCUCGCCGAGCGAGUAAAGGUGCAGUACCCGAGGGUUUUGGUGGCUGGCUAUGUGCUCUGGCCAGCUGCGCAGCUUAUUAAUUUCAGCGUGAUCCCGCUUGCCUAUCGCGUGCCGUUUGGCAGCACCGUCAGCCUGUUCUGGAACACAUAUUUGGGAUGGAGCAACAACAAACUUGUGCCCCCGUGAACACAGGGCCUGCUGUAGUAUAGAAUCCCUCAAGAUAACCCCCUUACACGAUAUGCCUCAAUACACAUGAUACACACCAGUGGAAGGCACAUUCUCCAGUACCCACCAGCGAAUGCCAUGGGAGUAUGCACACCUCCCUUUCUUCUCACAAGAGCUGCCUGGGGCAAAAAUCUCCUGAUAACCAGCAUACGGGAAUGUGCACGGCUGGGUAUCGGUCAUGCCUAAAGGUCCACAAGCACUGCGGUCAGGGGACCGCGAUAUGCGCCUUGCAUCAAUCUCGCCUCUGUAGAACGGCUCGUUCAACGCUCUUUCUCAGUGCUAUUAAUGCAGCAUCGGCACACCCACCUGCCAAACGUGUUUGAGGUCGCAU